AUGCCCGAGUCCACGUCCUUGUACGCAGUCAAUAUGCCAGCUGAGCCGCCUGCUUUGCAAGCGCAAAUGUCCGAGCUUGAGAACGAUCUGAAGACGCAGCUUGCGAACAAGACCCAGGAGCUGUCUGCCUCGGAAGAGCGCGUCGCCGAACUCGAAAAGAAGCUCAAAGAGGCCCAGACUGCCAGCGUCAAGGCUGAGCAACCGACCAAGGAGCUGUCCAUGUUCAAAGGGCGCAUGUCCGAUGUGGAAAAGGGGCUCACCGAGGUCCUGGCUGCUGCCCAGGCCAACAUCAAGGUCGCUGAAGAGGCCCUGAGUGCUAGUCAGAAACUGGAGGACAAGGUCAAGGACCUAACCAGCCAGGUUUCGGGACUGAGCAGUGUCCUGACGGUUAAAGAACAACGGGCUACCGCGGCCACACACACUGUCGAACAAAAGCCGGCCGAGAACCAAGUGGCCUCCUCUUUGAUCGAAAAGAUUGCCGCUCAGGUGACGGAGCAAGAGUUGAGCGAGGCGCGAACUUUGCCUGCUGAAGACUGGUUGCUCGAGCCAGCUCCAAGACCGUCUACGCAAUCCGAAGUAGACCGAAUGGCCUGGAUGAUAGGGUUCGAACUUCCGGGACGGCAAGGACCAAACAACAACUCGAUUGAACAGAAUGCCUCUCGAGCUGUCGAUGCGGCAAUAGCGCGGUGGUUGCGAGCGCACCUUGAAGUUGAACAAGAGCAGAGACAGGAGGCACAAGAACAACUCAAGCGGGAGGCGAGGGAGUAG